UCCGUUUUGGUUGCCAUCUUGAUCUGUGUACAUGAUCUGUGGACAAAGAAUUUGUGAAACUUAUUUGUUUUUAUUCGAUCUGUGUAAUUAUUUUCCAUCUUCGGACUAUGCUCGAGCUAUUUCAUUACUUAUAUACUUAGCCAUGGCUGCAACAAGGAAGCUGCAAGGUGAAAUCGAUAGGUGUCUGAAAAAGGUUACAGAAGGAGUUGAAACUUUUGAGGACAUCUGGCAGAAAGUGCACAAUGCGACGAACAGCAAUCAAAAAGAAAAAUAUGAAGCAGAUCUCAAGAAAGAGAUUAAGAAGCUGCAAAGACUUCGCGAUCAGAUUAAAAGUUGGAUUGCCUGCGGAGAGAUCAAAGACAAGAGCUCCCUCCUGGAUUAUAGGAAACUUAUUGAAACUCAAAUGGAAAGAUUUAAGGUCGUUGAAAGGGAAACCAAGACUAAAGCCUACUCUAAAGAAGGCCUUGGAGCUGCCCAAAAGUUAGAUCCUGCCACUAAAGAGAAGGAAGAAGUUAGUGCAUGGCUUGUGUCAUCCAUUGAUGCUCUCAAUCUACAGCUUGAUCAAUUUGAGUCUGAAAUUGAGUCCCUCCUUGUUGGAAAGAAGAAAAAACUAGAAAAAGACAAACAAGAAAGAAUGGAUGAGCUGAAGGUGAAACUAGAAAGGCACAGGUACCACAUUAAAAAACUGGAAACCCUUCUGAGAAUGCUAGAUAACAUGUCGGUUGAAGUAAGCCAGAUAAGGAGUAUAAAAGAGGAUGUAGAAUACUAUAUAGAAUCAUCUCAAGAUCCUGACUUUGAAGAGAAUGAAUACAUUUAUGAUGAUAUCAUCGGAUUGGAUGAGAUAGAGUUAUCUGGAGUUGGUCCACAAGCAACUGACAGUAAUGGAACUCCAACCAGCUUAGCCUCCUCACCUCCACCUUCACCCACGCCACCACCGAUUUCCACCUCAUCUGCUCUUCACAACAAUCAUUCCGCAGAACCAGCCAUUGACACAACUACAACAACAACUACUUCGACCACUAGUGAAAAAAAGAAGAAAGAAGAAGUAUCAAAACCUAUGGUAAAACCAACACCGGUUAGAGCGUCAAGUAACUCUGUACAAAUUAAUAACACAAGCACAGCAACCACACCUCAAGGGAAACAACAGCAACAUAUGAACAACACAAGUCAUAAACAAACAAAUAGCAACAGCUCACCCAGUUCGGGAGCAGCCGUCAAUCACCAUCAAACUAAUUCACUGCCGCCGGUUGUCGGUAAUUUUGCUGCGGUUGCUGCUGCUAAUACUUCAUCUCAUCAUCAUCCAACUUCUAAAGUUUCUUCUCAUGUGAAUGAAAAUGGUUCUAUUCUAACGUCCUCUGCAACAAUUUCUAAUAGUGUAACAACUGUCACAUCAUCAACAACGACAACAUCAAUGAGGGAAAAACAAUCACAACAACCGAAUCUAAAUCAUAGCACAGCCCCACCGGCCUCUGCUCAUCCUCAAGAAAACAAUAUUGGUGGUUCCUCCUCUCCGCUUUCGUCCAUUUCGACAGCUCCUUCUCCCCUACCUCCUUCGACACCUCCUCCAAAUGAUCCUCAUGCUUCAUUGUCCUCUCUGAAAACCAUGGCCCAACAAGUGAUUGAUCGUGCUGGACUAGAAAUGCCACAGUCAGAUGCAAAUAGAGGUUUAUUUGAAAAUAAAUCCAGUGUAAGCGAAAGUGGAACCUGCGAAGCUUUAAUUCCUCCAUUAUUAGGUGUAGCACCAUUAGGUCCAGUCCCAUUACAAAAGGAACACCAAAUGCAAUUUCAAAUGAUGGAAGCUGCCUACUAUCACAUGCCUGUUCCAUCGGACUCAGAAAAAAUUAGACCGUAUUUGCCUCGAAAUCCAUUCGCAACACCUUCUUAUUAUAUUCAGACCCCUCUACCGCACUCAGAUACUCUAGAAUUCUUCCAAAGGUUGUCAACGGAAAGUCUGUUUUUUAUAUUUUACUACAUGGAAGGUACAAAAGCGCAGUACUUAGCCGCCAAAGCAUUAAAAAAACAAAGUUGGAGGUUCCACACGAAGUACAUGAUGUGGUUUCAAAGGCACGAGGAACCAAAACUCAUCAAUGAAGAGUACGAACAGGGAACUUACAUCUAUUUUGAUUACGAAAAGUGGAGCCAACGGAAGAAAGAAGGUUUUAUUUUCGAGUAUAAGUACUUAGAAGACAGGGAUCUGAAUUAAAUGAAGGUCAUUCAUUGAAACCUCUGUCUGGUACAAAACCCAUGUCGGAUAAGUGAUAAUGUACAGAUUAAUAUAUUAACUUUUUUAAAAAAAAAAACCUUAAGAAAAAAAUUUAAAAAAAUUGAAAAUUGAAUCGGAAUAAAAAAAAAAAAAAAAAAUAGAUUGUGGAGAAAGAAUGAAGUAUCAGAACAGAAAAAGGCAAACCAAAGUCUCGUUUCUUUUUCUUCCAAAACAUAUUAUCAGUAAUUUCAUUUUUUCUAAUCUUCGUUUUUUCAUGUUAUCGUACAUAAAUGUAGUCGGAAAUAAUUUCUGAAAAAAUAAAAUUUAGAAUGUCCUUUAAAAAAUUGAAUUGAUUUUAAAUUUGUAAAUUUGAAGCAGGUUAUCUUUUCUUUUAUGUACAUCAUUUAGAAUAUGUUAUGGGCAAAACAUCGUUACCUGUCAAAAAUUUCAUUCUGUGGAAGCAGUGAAGUGUCUCUUGUUGUUUUUUGAGUAUUGAACUCAAACCUACUAUCCAUCAAACCUGUUGUUAGGUUUUAAGUGACAGAUCAUACAUCUUUGUUGAUUCUUUGGUGUAAAUAUUCUUAUCAUGUUUUCUCUUUUAUUAUUUAUUUAAAUUUUUUUUUUUUUUCAAGAAAAGGUAUUGAGUUUUUUCUUCAUCUGUUAAUGAAUCAUUAUCUAGGAAACUCGGUUUAUUUGAAGUAAGUGAGCUCAAAGACUGUUGUGAUUUUGCUAAUUUUUCUGUUUAUUGUGUUAAUCUUUUCUUUUUUUUCUCUCUUUUUUUUAUGAAUAAAAUUUUAUGAAUGAAAGUCUCCGUUGUUAAUCCAGUUCAAAACUUGAUUUAGGAAGAAAAACUUUUUAUUUUCAUCCAUUCUGUUAUUUUCCCUCCCAGCUCAGUCCCUAUUCAAUGCAUUUUUCUUCUUUUUGUGGCUGUAGGUUUAAACAUGUUCCUAUUCUCGAAGACUCAUCCACCCCACAACAGAAUCUUCAGAAGAGAGACCACAAAAAAUUGACUGCUACUGAGUUUUCUCUGAAUUUUUUCAAAUUAAAUCCAGCUAACUUUCAUACACUCUUCUUUAUUUGUAUUAGUCACAUCGAUUGUGAUUUUAUUGUUGUAUAUACCAAUCAGAAAUUUCACAUUUCCUCAAAAAUCAGCUUUUAGAUAUAUUUUUGCUCCCUUUUUUUUCAGGAGCUUGCAUUUUUUAAAAGCAGAUACAAUCAAAUAUUAUUUCUCUGUUUUCAAUACUUCUUUGAUCCCAGUUACCUAAAAAAUCAAUAAAAGCUGUCCUCAUUAUCCAUGGAAAAUGCAUAAUCAUCGUUCAGUUCAUAAUAUGAAGAAUUUUUGUUAUUUCAUAAAUUGAAGAAUUUUUGUUAUUUCAUAAAUAUCAUUUCUCAAUUUACUCUCUCAAAAAUAUUGAGGUACAUAUUCAGAGUGAGGAACGUGCCUCUUGGUUUUUUUCACCCUCAGUCUUUUAUGGGGAAGCUAAGAGUUCUUUAUUCUCCUGUAAGGAAGUACAAUUUUUAAUUAACUUUUUAGCAGCAGUUUUUAUGUUGCCUUGGAAGCAUGUGUCACUUCAACUCAAUCACAACUGAAGUUCAUCAUUUAUGUAUGUUUAGAUCGUACCAACCUAGAUGUAUAUUGACAGGAAUUUUUGAUGAUGGUAGCUCAAUUUGACAUGCAGCCCAGUUCACUAUUAAAGUUAGGACCAGCUAAAACAAGCAUUGCAGUUAAAGAUGUAUUUUAUUUAUAUUAGCACUUGCACUGAAAACACCGCCCGAGACUUUGUAAGGUAGGAAAAUUUAAAAGACCAAACAAUGCAGCUUUGGAAAUGUUGAAGAGUGUAUGAAAUUAUCUCCUUAGCUAAAGGCUCCUGAAUUUGGUUUCGAAUGGAUUGCCUGUAACAUAUUUCUCCUAAAAUACCUACUAGUAAGAACUCACUUAAAGUUUUGCGCAAAGUUUUUGUGAUCUCAAAUGUAUAUUUAUCAAUAACAUUCUGUGCAAGAAACUGUAGGUAAUUUUAAGAAUGUUUUUAAUUCCUUUUCCCUUUGAUCCUCUUUGAGUUGGGAAAUUACUUCUCCUAAUUCGUGAAGCCAUGCAUAGUGAUGCGUACUGCAUUUAUUAAUUUUACUAUGAAUCAGUUUGUUAACUAAUCUUACAAAUACACUUGUAAGGCCAACUUUUUCUGCUCUCCCCAUUUUUUCUCUGCAACACGAAAAAAAAUGUUAAUUUCUGAAGCCUGGCAUUGAAUGUGAUAUUAUUAAAACCAAGCACAUCAAUCUUGAAUUGAACGUUCUAGUCUAGAGCAGAUCAAAUUGUGAUAUCGGAUUUUUUGUAUUCGUGACUAUCUUUUCAGUUGAUUGGUCCCCUCUAAAAAAGGUCAAAAACGUCUUCCUUGAUAAUGUUUUCGCCUUCAUAUCCUCAACUUUUCAUUGAGUGAACUUUGAUCUUAUGAUAUCAAUGAGUAUCAUAUCCAUGAGUCUCAUAUAAUCUGCAGCAAAUACAUAGUUUAAGUCUGUGCAGAAUUAAUUUAAAGCGUGGAGAGCUACCUAUGGCCAGUUUCCUAUCUAAAAUUAUUAAACUUUCCUGAGGCACCUGCAAACUUCUCUCAUCAUCUGAGGAUUUGACUUUUUGUUAGCCAAAUUAACUUAAAAUUGUUAAACAAUUAUUUCCUCUGCUAAAAAACUGUUAUGCACUUCUUUUUUAUCAGGCACAACUCGGACACGGAUGAAAUCUUAGCUCUAUCGUUGUUUGUUGAUAAAAAAACUGUCCCUUUAUUCACAAACUUGGUUUAGCUAAUGACAGUUGUUGGUCACUUAAAUGGUUUCAACCGUUGAACUCUUUUUUAAUUAAUCCUCUUAAGUAUUUGCUUUCUUGUUAUAUUUUUUAAAACACUUUAUCCUACCCUGUAAUUUCUUUUAUUUUCCAAACAUAAUUGUACUACUUUCAGGACAGUUGAAAGAACAGUAAUGUGCUGAUAGGAAGAAGAGUAUAGAAUGGCAAGCUUAUUGAUGAUUUUGUUUUGCCGAGAUACGGAAGUUGCACUAUUCUUACUUUGCAAUAGCUUUCUGAACAGAUGGGAUUAAUUUCGACUUUAACAAUUGAAAGAGGUCAUUAGCUUUACUUCAGAGGACUUUUACUCUUCUAUUUUUACCAACUCCUUGUCUGAUAAAAUGUGAUAUAGCUUCUAUUAAUUUCCAAUCAUUUGAUGUUGCCCAUUCUUUAUCAGACUGUAAAUUCUAUGCUAUCUUUUAACAAGAGUCAAUUAUCUCAAGUGAUGGUGAAAAUUUUUAAUUUGUUUUGACUGCUCAAAAUACAGUUUUAAUAUGUUACCCAGGAACUCCUGUUUAUAGUUUAUCAACGCAUAACCAGCUUUAGAGAUUAAUAUUUUUUCUCUUGUGUAUUUUAUUUUCUGUUAAAAUCGUCACAAUGUUAUUCCAACCGCAUUGUUCUCCGAGAAUUUUACAGAGUAAAUAUGUUUUUUUUUCCUUUGAAAAA